GAUUUCAGAUUUCACUGAGGAUUGCACGGAGAGCGCAAUUGCAUGUGAGCUCUCCUCAAAGCAAGGUAUCGGGUGGAUUGAAAUCAGAAUCACCUGGAUGCUUCGCAAGUUGUAGGUCUGCUACAUAGCUUAUUAAGCCCGUUUGUUUACCUGGAGUGGAAGUGCAGUUCGUGACAAGGGUUUAAACCUUUUGCAAAUAUUUUGGAUAUGUUUCAAAAUGACCACUUACUCCAAGAUCAACACCGAGUAUCCCAGUCGAAAACGGAGGCUUCUAGCUAACCUCUCAUCCCCAUCAACAAUCCCUACAAAACUAGCUCAAAGAGAAUUACAGACUGAUGACGGACCUAAUCAAUUGAAUACCUCAAAAGCAAGGCACGUCUUAUUGGCUUGCAGGGACGAUCCAGCACUGUCUCAUUGUCAAAACUAUCAUUCGUCCCCUCUGACUUGCAAAGUUGUCCAAAAGGUCUCGGAAAACACGUGGAUCGAACUGAACGUUCCUUGUGAUGACGCCUCUUUACAAGAAGCUUCCAAUACCAUCAAGCAAUUUGCUACCUCAUACACUAGUACCUCCAAUCUCUCCUAUGCAAGAGAGUACAGUUGUCCCCGACAAUAUGGAACCAAUCACAAUCCAUCUCCAAAACUCGAGAAAUUAUCCAUCGGCAAAAAGUGUCCAGCCAACAAGCAGUCGGGUACACUAUCAAUCCCCAUUGAUUCCCCCAUAUGUUCCAUAUGCCAAGGACCAGCCGAAAGCUUGCACAAUCAUUAUGGAGCCCGUUCCUGUUUGAGUUGCCGAGCCUUUUUUCGGCGAUCCGUUCAAAUCGAAAUCUACCCCAAUUUUACCUGCUCUACCAACCGGAAAUGCGUGAUAACAGAGUUCAACAGGAGCAAGUGUAAGUUGUGCCGGUUCGAAAAAUGUCAAGAAAAGGGGAUGAAAAAGUCAGCCGUUUUGAGCCAGGAUCAAAAGCAAGCUCGAUUUCGGAAGCAUCUGGAGCAGAAGCGCUCAAAGCAAAUGGAGAUGAAGAAAAUUCUUAGAAGAUUCCGACGAAAUAACCACGCUGUUUAGUAGCUUGUCUAGGGCAGAAACAUAUCUAAAUGACAAUUCCAUCACCUGUUAUUGGUUAAAAAGUAUGUUCUUGUGAUUUUGUUGUGACGGUUUGUGUCAGGAUGAUUGCGAAAAUACCUAGCAAUGUAGGAUAAAUAUUAAAUCAACGUUACCUCCAUUAACUCAUUUUGGACAACACUCAUUU